CGGACCGCGCUCCUCCGCCGCGCGCCCGCGGAGGGGACCCCCGCUCGGUACCCUGACGCAGACGGUGACUCCCACGCAGGUCAUGCCGUUGUCUCCUGACCCAGCUGGCCCUGCCAGGUGACCAUGAUGACACUCGGCCCAGUUCUUCUCCACGUGCUCUGGGCCGGGUGGGCCCUCACCCUCCAGCCCCCAGCCCCGGCCGCCUUCACCCCCAAUAACACGCAGCUGCAGCACUUGGCAAGGGACCCUGCCUCAGGCACCCUCUACCUUGGGGCCACCAACUUCCUGUUCCAGCUAAGCCCAGGCCUGCAGCUGGAGGCUGCAGUAUCCACUGGCCCUGUGCUGGACAGCAGGGACUGCCUGCCUCCCAUCAUGCCCGACGAGUGCCCCCAGGCCCAGCCUACCAACAACCCAAACCAAUUGCUCUUGGUGAGCCCAGGGGCCCUGGUGGUGUGCGGGAGCGUGCACCAGGGUGUCUGUGAGCAGCGGCGCCUCGGGCAGCUGGGGCAGCUGCUACUGCGUCUGGAGAGGCCAGGGGACACCCAGUACGUAGCCGCCAACGACCCUGCGGUCAGUACAGUAGGGCUGGUGGCCCAGGGCCUAGCUGGGGUUCCCCUCCUGUUUGUGGGGCGCGGAUACACCAGCAGGGGCAUGGGGGGUGGCAUCCCACCCAUCACAACCCGGGCCCUGUGGCCCCUGGACCCCCAGGUUGCCUUCUCCUACGAGGAGACGGCCAAGCUGGCCGUGGGCCGCCUGUCAGAGUACAGCCACCACUUCGUGAGCGCCUUCGCUCGCGGCGCCAGCGCCUACUUCCUGUUUCUGCGGCGGGACCUGCAGGCCCAGUCCCGAACUUUCCGGGCAUACGUGUCCCGCGUGUGCCUCCGAGACCAGCACUACUACUCCCACGUGGAGCUGCCCCUGGCUUGCCAGGGUGGCCGCUAUGGGCUGGUGCAGGCUGCGGCUGUGGCCAUGUCUGGGGAGGUGCUCUUCGUAGCCUUCUCUUCUGCUGCCCCGCCUGUGGCGGGCCGGACCACAUGGGCGGCCGCAGGGGCCUCGGGAGCCUCUGCCCUCUGUGCCUUCCCCCUGGAUGAGGUGGACCGGCUCGCCAACCGCACGAGAGAUGCCUGCUACAGCCGCGAGGGCUACUCCGAGGACGGGACCCGCGAGGUGGCCUACAUCGAGUACAAUGUCAACUCCAACUGCGCGCAGCUGCCCAUGGACACACUGGAUGCCUACCCCUGUGGCUCAGACCACACGCCCAGCCCCAUGGCCAGCCGGGUUCCACUGGAAGCCACACCGGUGCUGGAGUGGCCAGGAGUCCAGCUAACGGCUGUAGCGGUCACCAUGGAGGAUGGACACACUAUUGCUUUCCUGGGUGACAGUCAAGGGCAGCUGCAUAGAGUUUACUUGGGCCCGGGCAGCGAUGGCCACCCAUACUCCACGCAGAUCAUCCAACAAGGGUCUGCGGUGAGCCGAGACCUGACCUUUGAUGGCGCAGCUGAGCACCUGUACGUCAUGACGCAGAGCACACUGCUCAAAGUUCCGGUGGCCUCCUGUGCCCAGCACCUGGAUUGCGCAUCUUGUCUGGCUCAGAGGGACCCAUACUGUGGGUGGUGUGUGCUCCUUGGCCGGUGCAGCCGCCGUUCUGAAUGCUCGAGGAGCCACGGCCCAGAGCGGUGGCUGUGGAGUUUCCAGCCCGAGCCUGUGUGCCUGCAGGUGACGACCCUGAGUCCUGCCAACAUUAGCCGCGAGGAGAGGAAGGAGGUUUUCCUGUCGGUGCCAGACCUGCCGCUUCUGCAGCCUGGCGAAUCCUAUUCCUGCCACUUUGGGGAGCACCGGAGCCCAGCACUGCUGACCGGCUCUGGGGUGACCUGCUCCUCUCCACCCCCUAGUGAGGCUCCAGCACCACCCAGAGGAGCCGAUCAUGUCUCUGUGAGUGUGGAACUGAGGUUUGGCCCCGUCCUGAUCGCCGAGGCUGCCCUCUCCUUCUAUGACUGCGUGGCUGUCACUGCACUCCGCCCGUCUGCACCGUGCCAGGCCUGCGUGAGCAGCCGCUGGGGGUGUCACUGGUGUGUCUGGCAGCACCUGUGCACGCACAAGGCCUCCUGCGACACCGGGCCUGUGGUGGUGAGCCAACAGAGCCCGCCUCUCUCUGCAGCCCCUCCCACGGGCCACGGGCCCGUCCCCUUCCCACCCAGAUCCACCGUCACCCCAGCUCCCCACGCCCUUCCCGGGACUCCUUCCCCGGCCACUACCUCUGUCACCCUGUCCACAGACAGGCCUUCCUCGCUCAGCCCUGGGGGGCCACAUGCAGAGCCCGGCCCCUCCAUUGCCCCCACCUCCCCAGAGCCACUUCUCCAGGAGGAGCCCUCCCCUCCAGGUCCCCCCAGCAGAUCUUUGACGGCCGCGCCCCCCUCCACUGUCUUUGGACUGAGGGCCACACCCGAGGACCUCCUGGCCCCCCAGCACCCACUGCCCUCGGAAUCAACAGCGUUGCCCACGGGCCCCGCAGACCCCGCCACUGAGACCCUCCCCUCUGCCGUACCCCUAGAGCGGCCCCCUGGCACUGCUCCCACCACCACUUUCCCAGGGGCCGCAGGCUCCGCGAGGCCUGCUCUGGACUGGCUAACUCAAGAAGUCGGCGAGCUGCCCGAGGCGGACGAGUGGACGGGGGGUGACACGCCCACCUUCUCCACUUCCACCCUCCUCUCAGGUGAUGGAGACUCGGCCGAGCAUGAGGGCCCUCCCGCCCCCCUCAUCCUCCUGUCCAGCCUCGACUACCAGUACGACACCCCCGGGCUCUGGGAGCCGGAAGAGGUUGGCUGGGGGGCCGGCGCCUGCCCCUGUGUGGACAGCGUCCAGGGCUCCACGCUAUUGCCGGUCCUUGUGGAGCACCAGGUCCGCCUGCUCGGCAGGAACCUGCGUGUUUUCCAGGACAGUCCUGGGGAGGUCGAGUGUGUGAUGGAGCUGGAGGGCCGAGAGCUGGUGGUGGCAGCCCUGGUGGAGUGUGAGCCGCCCCCCGAGACUCGGUGCCACAUCACGUGCCAGCGGCGCCAGCUCAGCUACCAGGCUCUCCAGCCAGAGCUCCAUGUCGGGCUGUUUCUGCGCCGGGCCGGCCACCUGCGGGUAGAUAGUGCUGACGGGCUGCACGUGGUGCUUUAUGACUGCUCCGUGGGACACGGGGACUGCAGCCGCUGCCAAACUGCCACGCCACAAUACGGUUGCGUGUGGUGCGAGGGGGAACACGCCCACUGCAUGGCCCAGGAGGCCUGUGGAGAGGCUGGGGCUGUGGCCACCCAGUGUCCUGCGCCCCUCAUCCACUCGGUGGAGCCAUUGACGGGGCCUGUGGACGGGGGCACCCGCAUCACCAUCAGGGGCUCCAACCUCGGCCAGCACGUGCGGGACGUGCAGGACACAGUCAGGGUGGCCGGAGUGCCCUGUGCGGUGGUCACCCAAGAGUAUGAGGUCUCCAGCAGCCUCGUGUGCACCACCGGGCAGAGCCCGGAGGAGGUGUCAGGCCCUGUGAUGGUGGAGGUUCUGGGAAGAGGACACGGCGUCUCUGAGCAUGACUUUGCCUACCAGGACCCAGAGGUGUACUCCAUCAUCCCCGUCCGUGGCCCCAAAGCUGGGGGCACCCACCUCACCCUGCAGGGCUCGAAGCUUCUGACCGGGCGCCCGCAGGACAUCCAAGUGGUGGUUGGAGACCGGCCGUGUCACCUGCUGCCGGAGCAGCAGUCUGAGCAGCUGCGCUGUGAGACCAGCCCCCAUGCUGUGCCGGCCCAGCUCCCCGUGGCUGUGUGGUUCGGGCCUGCUGAGCGGAGGGUGGGGCACAGCCACUUCCAGUAUACAUCAGACCCCAACAUCACCUCUGCAAACCCCACCAGGAGCUUCCUUAGUGGCGGGCGAGAGAUACGGGUCCGUGGCCAGAACCUGGAUGUGGUACAGACCCCGAGGGUCCGAGUGACACUGACCCCCAGAGCUCAACAGCCUGGCCAGGGACUUGGUCGGAGACGCCGCGUGAUCCCGGAGCCGGCGUGCCCCCUCGGAGCCUCCUGUGCUGGUCAACACUUUGAGGAGCCAUGCUGGGUGAACUCCUCCCAGCUCAUCACGUGCCGCACGCCUGCCCUCCCGGGCCUGCCCGAGGGCACCCACGUCCAGGUGGAAUUUGUCCUCGACAACCUGGUCUUUGACUUUGCGUCACUGAACCCCAUACCUUUCUCCUAUGAGGCGGACCCCAUCCUGUAUCCCCUCAGCCCGGAGGACCCCUCCGUGCCCUUCCGGCAUAAGCCUGGGAGUGUGUUCUCUGUGGAGGGGGAGAAUCUGGACCUUGCGAUGUUUAAGGAGGAGGUGGUGGCCAUGAUUGGGGACGGCAUCUGCGUGGUGAAGACCCUGACCCGGCACCACCUGUACUGCGAGCCCCCCGCGGAGCAGCCCCUGCCCCGCCACCAUGCCGCCCGUGAGGUCUCCGAUGCUCUGCCGGAGUUCACGGUGCAGAUGGGGAACUUGCACUUCUCCCUGGGCCGCGUGCAAUACGACAGCGAGAGCCCCGCGACCUUCCCGGUGGCAGCCCAGGUGGGCCUGGGGGUGGGUACCUCUCUGCUGGCUCUGGGUGUCCUCAUCAUCGUCCUCAUGUACAGGAGGAAGAGCAAGCAGGCGCUGAGGGACUACAAGAAGGUGCAGAUCCAGCUGGAGAACCUGGAGAGCAGCGUGCGGGACCGCUGCAAGAAGGAGUUCACAGACCUCAUGACCGAGAUGACCGAUCUCACCAGCGACCUCCUGGGCAGCGGCAUCCCCUUCCUCGACUACAAGCUGUACGCCGAGCGGGUCUUCUUCCCCGGGCACCGGGAGUCGCCCUUGCGCCGCGACCUGGGGGUGCCCGAGAGCAGGCGGCCCACCGUGGAGCAAGGGCUGGGGCAGCUCUCCAACCUGCUCAACAGCAAGCUCUUCCUCACCAAGUUCAUUCACACGCUGGAGAGCCAGCGUACCUUCUCGGCGAGGGACCGGGCCUACGUGGCGUCCCUGCUCACGGUGGCACUGCACGGGAAGCUGGAGUACUUCACCGACAUCCUCCGCACCCUGCUCAGUGACCUGGUGGCCCAGUACGUGGCCAAGAACCCCAAGCUGAUGCUGCGCAGGACUGAGACCGUGGUGGAGAAGCUGCUCACCAACUGGAUGUCCAUUUGUCUUUACACCUUCGUGAGGGAUUCUGUAGGGGAGCCUCUGUACAUGCUGUUCCGAGGAAUUAAGCACCAAGUGGACAAGGGGCCGGUGGACAGCGUGACUGGCAAGGCCAAGUACACCCUGAACGAUAACCGCUUGCUCCGGGAGGACGUGGAGUACCGCCCCCUGACCUUGAAUGCCCUGUUGGCCGUGGGUCCUGGGGCAGGAGAGGCCCCGGGCACGCCCGUGAAGGUCCUAGACUGUGACACCAUUGCCCAGGCCAAGGAGAAGAUGCUGGAGCAGCUCUACAAAGGGGUGCCUCUCGCCCAGCGCCCAGACCCCCGCACCCUGGAUGUGGAGUGGCGGUCCGGGGUGGCCGGCCACCUCAUUCUCUCUGACGAGGACGUCACAUCCGAGGUCCAGGGUCUGUGGCGGCGCCUGAAUACCCUGCAGCACUAUAAGGUCCCGGAUGGAGCAACUGUGGCCCUGGUGCCCUGCCUCACCAAACAUGUUCUCCGAGAAAACCAGGAUUACGUCCCUGGAGAGAGGACCCCGAUGUUGGAGGAUGUCGACGAGGGAGGCGUCCGACCCUGGCACCUGGUGAAGCCAAGUGAGGAGCCCGAGCCCCCCAGGCCUCGGAGGGGCAGCCUGCGAGGCGGGGACCGCGAGCGAGCCAAGGCCAUCCCUGAGAUCUACCUGACCCGCCUGCUGUCCAUGAAGGGCACCCUGCAGAAAUUCGUGGACGACCUGUUCCAAGUGAUCCUCAGCACCAGCCGACCCGUUCCCCUCGCCGUGAAGUACUUCUUUGACCUCUUGGACGACCAGGCCCAGCAGCAUGGCAUCUCCGACCAGGACACCGUGCACAUCUGGAAGACCAACAGCCUGCCGCUGAGGUUCUGGAUCAAUAUCAUCAAAAACCCGCAGUUCGUGUUCGACGUGCAGACAUCGGACAACAUGGACGCCGUGCUCCUGGUCAUUGCGCAGACCUUCAUGGACGCCUGCACCCUGGCCGACCACAAGCUGGGCCGGGACUCACCCAUCAACAAGCUGCUCUACGCCCGAGACAUUCCCCGGUACAAACAGAUGGUGGAAAGGUACUAUGCAGACAUCAGACAGGCCAUCCCAGCCAGUGACCAAGAAAUGAACUCCAUCCUGGCCGAGCUGUCCCGGAACUUCUCUGGAGACCUGGGUGCGAGAGUGGCCCUGCACGAACUGUACAAAUAUAUCAACAAAUACUACGACCAGAUCAUCACGGCCCUGGAGGAGGACGGUACCGCCCAGAAGAUGCAGCUGGGCUACCGGCUGCAGCAGAUCGCAGCUGCGGUGGAAAACAAGGUCACAGACCUGUAGGACGUGGGAGCCGUGGGGGGAGACACCACCUCCUUCUUAGAUGCUGUAGUGAAUGACAAGCAGGUUUAGCGGAAGGGGGGCUCCCAGCCCCCCGAUGUCUCUGGCCUGGGCACCGUGGGACCCAUUCCCACAGGCUUGGGGUCCAGAGGCUCGUGGGGUGGCACCCAGCCUGAGCCAAGUGGCCCCGUGGACGACUUCCUAUGGCAUGCCCAACUGCAGAGAGUCGAGGACCAGGGAGUGGCCAGAAGGGGAGGCCAUAUUGCACCUGGACACUGGCCUUUACCCAGUGGGUUUCAGAGAGGAUGAGGAGCCCCCCUCAACCCCUGCUCCAUCAUCCUCGACCCGAGUAUAGCCGCCUCUGGCCUUGCUGCUGCUGCCGCCGCCGCCGCCACCAUGGUCCUCAGCCCGAGAUGGACACCUUCCUCCGGACCUCCUGCCUCACAGGCAGCCGGAGGUGAAGGGCAUCUGCCACAGGGGCCCUUGGGGAGAGGGCGGCCUCUGACCAGGGCUCCAUUAAAGGAUAACACGCUA